AUAUGUUGUGUCAACUGGUUGUGUCGUGUCGUGUCACAUAUGGUCACUACUACUACUACUACUACUUCUAAAACUACUACUACUACUACUACUACUACUACUACUACUACAUCAUCAUCAGGUGAUACCAUCACCAGCAUCAUCAGCAUCAUACCCUCAUAAGCAUCAUUGCUGCACAGUUACCCAUGAACCCAUCAUCAUCAUCAUAUCGGAUAAAUUGAAAAUAUAUGUAUAAAACAAUACAACUUUUUUAAAACUAUCCAACCAUUGAAUAGUAGUUUUUAUGUUGAAUUUUUUGUUGAGACCCUACCUGAGCGCUCAUCAGAUGAACAACAGUUUUAAAAAAACUAUUGACCACAACAUCAUAACAAUGAUUGUCUCAAAUAUAUGAUACGCGUGUGUCUCAUCAAUAGAGAGCUGAUCCACACAAACACACUCACACGGCUCUAACAUCCCAACCAUCCUCCUCACCCAUCCGUAACUGCCCGACACAUAUAACCCGUCAGCUAUACCCGACAUAACCACCAAAAAAAAUGCCGUCAUCUAUACACUCGUACGGCGGUCGCAGUACGACCUCCAUAGCGACAACCCGAUCGCGGACAAUGGCCGGCAGUCGUAAAGUAAAACUUAAAUGGUGGGAGCGUCGACCGAUCAUCCGGAACGCUAUAUUUACCGAUCUCCAAAAGGGCAGCUACCUGGCCGCCAUCUAUACGCUGAUUGAAAGUCUAUUUCAGAUCAGUUUGGCCAUCUUCGACACCUACUGUCUGGCCGAAGCAGCUCCCGGUACGACACAUUUCCGUAGUUUUGGUAUCAGCUUCUUGUUUGUCUACUCUGGCAAUCAACACAUACGCCGGACACUGAUGGUCAUUGCGGUCAUACUGUUUAUCGGCGCUGUCUAUCUCCUGGUAUCGUCGCUCAUACUGAUGACAGCCCUACGCAAAGAGCAUGAAAUCAAGUUUGUCCACUGGUUGCGGGCAAUGGCCGUAUUUACCGCCUGGCGUACGCUAACCAUAAUAUUCCAGUCGCUGGUCAACGACCUGUACUUCGGCUAUCAUCAGGCAAUGCUUAUCAUCUGGUUUUUGCUAAUCGGUGUCAACGUAUUUGUCUGGAUGAUAGUCUACGCCAACUACCAGGAGCUCAGCGACAUUACCCGUCUGGAAGAUAUGGCCAAACUCAAGAUGUCUACACUGUCCAGUCUGAACGCUUCGCGAUCGCUGUCCCGGCACAGUCUAGACUCGACCGGCCAGUACAAGAUCGGUGCGGGCGGUUCGGUUAGCUCGCAACCAUCGCCGCAGAUCUAUCCGCAUCAUAUGCAUCAUCAUCAUCAGCAACAACAUCAUCACCAACCAGGAGGUCAUAGUGGUCUCGGCGGAGGCCGUGAACCGCGCAGCUCAACAUCGUCGGCAGCCAGCUAUUCAAUACAGCCGUCACCGCGAACUAGUAGUGGUCACAACAAUACAAUACCGAUGGCCUGCUAUAAUCCCAAUGGACAGCCGUCGCCAGCCCAGCGAUCGCAUACAACGUCUAGGAGUACACCGUCGACAGCACCGGUUUAGCAGUACUUAUAUAUAUACUACCUGUCCGUCCGUCAGUGACACAUACUUUACACAUAACCGUCCAUUAAGUGAUCAAUUGUUUAAUAAUUAUUAUUAUUAAUAAUUUUUUUUUG